GUCAAGUCUGUCCUAACAAGGACUUUUAAGUCAUAAUUUAGAUGUAAAAAGUCAUUAUUUUAACCUGUUUACAUACAGUAAUCUCAUUUAUUCCAUUAUAACUGGAGUUUUGGCCAUUCCAGGCUGGUCUUAGCUGGUCAGGCUGGGAGAUGACCAGCUAAAACCAGCCAACCAUGCUUAGGUUUAUUUAAGCAGUUUUUUUCCAGCAAGGUUGUUAUUACUAUACUAAAAUUAACUAUUAUUUUAAAGUAAUAUUUGUGAUUUACGCAUGUCAUAAUUUCAAAAGUCAGUAACCUAAAAACAACAAACAAACAAAUAUUUGAGUCAUGUUUAUGUUUUGGCGGAACCUUUCCUACCGGAACGUUUUAAUACUCGUCUGCUUUGACAGGGAAUGUGCAUCAGUCGAAACAGCCCCGGUGUUGGAGUGUUCGUACUGUGUCCUUGUGUGGAGAUGGAUGCUCUUCUGUCUGCUCUGCCGUGGGUGCCAGUGAACAUCAGUGGUUCUGAUCUACUAGCCAAAGCCUGGUUUGGUGACUCUCAGUACCGUGUGCUGCUGACUGACCUAAGUACUGUGUGGGAAGAAGAGAUGAACACUGAUGAUAUACAGAGCCGAGCACAGGAUCUGAACAAGCGUUUACGGGCUCCUGCGCAGGCGUUUUUCUCUCAUCUGUGUUCUGUGGCUCGGCCCUGUUUCUCUGGUCAGGAUGAGGAUCAGAUCUCUGCAGCACAGGCGGUUCUUGAACAGCAUGGUGAAAACCUGACGGUCAAGCUCAAGAGUGAACUAGCUGGACUGCCCUUCUACUGGGAGUUUCGAUGCACAACAACGCCUGUAGCAGUGGUGUGCAGGCAGCUUGUGCGCCCCCUGCUGGCCAUGAGUCGAGUCUUGCAGCGACAGGCAGAGGAUCUUGCAGCUCUUUUGGCCCGUAAGGAUGCAGAAAUACAGGACUAUCAGGAGAACGGAGCCAUCCUGAGUCGAGCCAGACUCCAGACAGAGCCGUUCGAGGUGCAUCAGUACAAGGAGAACUUCCUCACGCAGAUUUUACCACAGAUGGCUGUGACGCUGGACAGUUUGGGCUUUGACUCCGAGUUGCAGGCCUUGUACAUGGCAGUGAAUUCAGGGAAAACGGGUCAAAAACGCAAACGCUCCCCUGACAGCAGCCCUACUGCAGAAGAAAAGCACAUCACUGAUCAUAAACACCUCUCUGAGUCCACAGGUGCUGGGUCUUCGCUGGCUUCUCAAGAACACAAUAAUGUCAAGGAAUCUGGAAGAUCUCAAGUGGCGGACAGUCAACAGACUCUGCCAUUAUUAUCUACUGCUGGGUCUGAGGAUCGGUCCACCUCACGGGCUAAGAAGAAAAAAGCAGUUGGACUUUUUCGGUGACAGACAGUUCAUGCUUCUGCAUCAGAAUAACGCUAUGCAUAUGGACACUUUUUAAAUUCCUGAAUGCUUUAUAAACAUUUUUAUUCCUUUUAGGUUGGAUUUUUUAAGGGAUGUUGGACAUUUUAAUGUUGUUUUUAUUCUGUAUGCUCGUCUUAACAGUAAAUGUCUUAAAGAUUAUGAAUAAAAUAUUGAUUUUAUUAACACAAGUUCUAGUUCUUCAGGUAGCAUUCAACAUUCAGCAUUGAAUUCAACAUUCAGCAUUAACUCCAAAUGUGUUAAAACUGCAGAUAUUUGAUAGCAAAUAAAUGUAAACUAAUGUAUCGCU